CGCAGCCCCGCCUGGUGCUGAGAACCAUCUUGUUUUCCACGCAGAUCCGAAGGGGCAGCACGCGUCUCCCGGGGCGCCCCGUCAUCUCCCCUGGGCCGCCGCAGGCUCGGUGAGCUGUUUUUUCCCUCCGGCCGGCAGGCUGGGCGCGCAGGGGCGCGGGCCCCCGCCCCGCGCGCUGUGGCACCAUGGGCACGGUGCUGUCCCUGUCCCCCAGCUACCGGAAGGCCACGCUGUUUGAGGAUGGCGCGGCCACCGUGGGCCACUACACGGCCGUGCAGAACAGCAAGAACGCCAAGGACAAGAACCUGAAGCGGCACUCCAUCAUCUCCGUGCUGCCUUGGAAGAGGAUCGUGGCCGUGUCGGCCAAGAAGAAGAAUUCCAAGAAGGUGCAGCCCAACAGCAGCUAUCAGAACAACAUCACGCACCUCAACAAUGAGAACCUGAAGAAGUCGCUGUCGUGCGCCAACCUGUCCACGUUCGCCCAGCCCCCACCGGCCCAGCCGCCUGCGCCCCCUGCUAGCCAGCUGUCGGGCUCCCAGACAGGGGUCUCCUCCUCCGUCAAGAAGGCCCCGCACCCUGCUGUCACCUCCGCGGGGACGCCCAAACGGGUCAUCGUUCAGGCGUCCACCAGUGAGCUGCUGCGCUGCCUGGGCGAGUUUCUCUGCCGCCGGUGCUACCGCCUGAAGCACCUGUCCCCUACGGACCCUGUGCUCUGGCUGCGCAGCGUGGACCGCUCUCUGCUGCUGCAGGGCUGGCAGGACCAGGGCUUCAUCACGCCGGCCAACGUGGUCUUCCUCUAUAUGCUGUGCAGGGAUGUCAUCUCCUCCGAGGUGGGCUCUGACCAUGAGCUCCAGGCGGUCCUGCUCACCUGCCUGUACCUCUCCUACUCGUACAUGGGCAAUGAGAUCUCCUACCCGCUCAAGCCCUUCCUGGUGGAGAGCUGCAAGGAGGCCUUUUGGGACCGCUGCCUCUCCGUCAUCAACCUCAUGAGCUCCAAGAUGCUGCAGAUCAACGCCGACCCACACUACUUCACACAGGUGUUCUCCGACCUGAAGAAUGAGAGUGGCCAGGAGGACAAGAAACGGCUCCUCCUAGGGCUGGAUCGGUGAGCCCUGUGGCCUGCGCCAUGGUCAAGGAUUCCAUUCAUUUUUAAAAAAUUUAUUAUUAAACCAAUCAGAUUUUGUGUACAGUAUGUGUCUAGCAAAGCCACCAAGGGCCUCUCCCUUCCCACCUUCUCUUCUGGGGAUUUUCUUUGGCCCUGCCAAGAAUUCUGGGCACUUCUGAACUCCCAACCGAACCGUGUGCAAAACCCAGAAGAUGUGUUCAGAGCCACCCUGGCCACCAACCUCUCACUCUGGGGAAUUCGAGGACUGACCUGCCCCUGCCACCUGUGCCCUUGCUGGACCCAGGGCAGGCGAAGCUGCCAUUGCUCCUGCUUGGGGUGCUGGAGAGGGGCCUUUGGUCAGUUGACCCAGGGAAGAAUCGGUAUUUCUGGCUGGGGACCCUUUCCUGGCUCCUAUUUUGGGCCGCCCACUGUCCCAGAGGGCCCUGGAACCGGCCACCCUGACUGAGCUGCUUGUGGGGUUGCCAGGCAAGAUGGCCGCUCCCCUCAGACAACCUCUUCAGCAUAGAAGAAGCUGGGCUGGUGCAAAGACUGUCCUGUCCUUUGACCAUGCUCGACCCUGGUUUGCUGUUUUUUUUCUGUUUUAGGGAGCAGGGCUUUCCUUUAGCGGAGAGGUGGAACUGCUCCCUGGCCCCCUGACCCCUCGCUCACCAGCUGUGUUGCAAGUGUAGGUUAAUGAGCUGGUUUGACUCAUUAAAUUCUUUCAUUUUGGGUCUCAGCUAAGGGAGUGGGGUUGAAGCUGGCGACAGACAGCUCCUUUCCUGGGUGAACUUGUCAUUUGAAUAAUGCCGCUUAGUCACCCUGGGGGAAGGCCAGAACAGCUGCAGGUGCCCUUUAUCAGCAGCCUGCCUCUGGGCGGGUGGAGGGUGCCGUUCCUGAGACUGAGAUGGGGCCCGCCUCGGCGCCAAGGCCCCUGGAUGGCGCACACGGCGUUUGUCCUGCAGAGCUGGGGGGCGGUGAUGUCGGGGGUCAGGGUGAUGUGGUAAUGAUGUACCCACCCCACCCCUGUUCAUUUAAAACUGUUGGCAAACAGUUGAGUUUCUUCUGAAGAUGAAGCCUUGCCCCUCGCCCCGCAAGGCCCAGUGAGACGGCUGCAUCUUCGGAGACGAUUGCCAGCAGCAGUGGAACUCCUGAUUGCCCUGGAAGCCUAUUCUACAACUGAUCAUUUGCAGCUGCUGGUUUGGGUUUCCACCUCACCCUUGUGACUGACGUGUACUUAUUUUUCUUUCUGAUUCUACCAGAUGGGUGGCUUGGGACUUGGGAGAAGAUCAAGAGAAGGGAAUGAGUCUUAUUCUCUGGCCCAUAGCUUCGGUUUUGGGGAAAACAAAGACCAAUGUGAAGAAGCUCCAGAGAAUUCCUUCUCUAGUCCCAUCUCACGGUGCUUGCUGGUAUGGGAGCCUGGGGGGUGGGGGUGGGGGUGGGGAGCAAGGGUCCUUUUACAUGGGAUUAGGUUCUCGGUGGCCACCAAUUUCAGCACAAGCACUACUGAAACUCACAUAAAGAAGAGAAAGCUGUGAAACUGAGGUUCCGGCCGGAGAGGCCCAGCUGUUCCCAGAUAAGGGGAAGAGGCCCCGCCGUGGCUGGAGAGCAUUUGCUCCCGCUGGGCCUGGAGGAGGCGCAGGAGCCGAAGCUGAGCCUGACCAUAGUCUGGCGCGGAGCUGGGAGGAAGCUACGGCUACUGGCACAGACCUCACUGCGGCGCCUCUUCUCGGCUCCAGUUGGCACACAGCUGGUCAGUUCAGACCCUGCUGCCACACGUGACUUGAGGUAGGAGGCCCGUGGGGGCUGCGGACCCCUCGGCGUGAGAGCGGGAGGUGCGGGUGCCGUCCUCAGAGGAGGGGCGCGUGUCCGUGGUCACGUGUUGGGCUGGUUGAACUCGGCCUGAAACUGCCGUUCAGUUGCAUCCAUAGGAUUCCAGUUUUGUGUGUUUCCUUCUCUUUCUCCAUAUUUAUUUUUUUAUUUUGUGGAGGAGGUGCAAAUUGCAGGAGUGGUCAGGGACUAAGGACACAACUCUUUAGUCCCAUCAGUGUGAAGCCUGUGGCGCCUCCUCCCUCCCCUCGCACUGGCCAUCAGUAUUGUGUAAAGGAACAACUGAUAUACUUGAGUGUGCAAGCAAUGAACCCAUUUGACAUGCUGCUAUGAAGACUACUUCUAGAACAAUUAAGAGAAAAAAAAAAAAAAGAAAAACUAACCUACAAAAAAAAACCCUUUAUUCUUUAAUUGUUGCUUUUACAGUGAUAUUGUGCAUGCAAACCAGGAGCAUUUUGUGUCUUAAGAAAAAUAAUCUUAGAACAGAUGGCUGUGAAAAUUACACCCGUGCACAGAACAUGUCACAGGAAUAUAGUUCAGGAUUUGGUUUUUCUCUUUUUCUUGUAAACCUGAAGGGUUGAUAUAUUCUUUCCUUGCAGUUACUAGAACUUAGUUUUGUUCCAACAGUUGUUAAACUUGCAAUGAAAAGAAAAUGUGCCAUUUUUUUCACUCAGAAUUAUUCAUAGCUGUAUAUUUGAAACUGCUAAUUACACAUGUGCAGUGUAUGUUGGUUUUUUAGUGCAAUUUCUUCUGUAGUUAUUCUUUGACCAAAUUGUGGGUAUUGUUAAUAUUAAUUUAUAUUUGUCUCAUUUUGUAUGUAUGUGUAGUGUGUUUGUAGGUAUGUGUGGUUUAUAAUCUGACAAGGUCAUGAAGCUCAGUUUGGCUGUAAUUUAAUUCCCUUUCCCUUAUUUUUAUUUAUUUUUGUACUGUGCUGAUUAAAUAAAAUGCACUGAC